AGAAGUGGAGGAGGGAGAGUGGGACCUUGAUUUGAUUUAUAAAAGACACCCAUGACAUAACCCCCUGCUCGUUUGAUCCUAGCUAGCUUUGGAGGAGUGGAGUGGUGGACUACUGUGUACAUAGCAAACACAUACGCCAACGCCAAACACACAAACUCGAGAGCCCAUUUGGGGAAGAGUAUUUGGUGGCCAAGGCUUUCUUAUUAUGGAAAACCAACAGCAACGCCAACCUUCAAUGAAAUCCAGGUUCAAACGUAUCUGCGUCUUCUGCGGGAGCAGCCCCGGCAAGAAACCCAGCUACCAGCUUGCAGCAAUUCAGCUUGGGAAUGAACUGGUUGAAAGGAACAUCGACUUGGUUUAUGGGGGAGGUAGCGUUGGUCUGAUGGGUCUCAUCUCCCAAGCUGUGUAUGACGGUGGUCGCCAUGUAAUCGGAGUAAUCCCCAAGACUCUCAGAGAGAUAACUGGGGUAACAGUUGGAGAAGUGAGAGCUGUCUCUGGAAUGCAUCAAAGAAAAGCUGAAAUGGCUCGCCAAGCCGAUGCUUUCAUUGCCUUACCAGGGGGCUACGGAACCUUAGAAGAGCUCCUUGAAGUGAUAACCUGGGCUCAGUUGGGAAUCCAUGAUAAGCCGGUGGGCUUGUUGAACGUUGACGGCUACUACAAUUCACUCUUAUCUUUCAUAGACAAGGCUGUGGACGAGGGUUUCAUUACACCCGCUGCACGUCACAUUAUUGUCUCCGCGCAGACUGCCCAUGAACUUAUGUGCAAACUUGAGGACUAUGUACCCAAGCACUGUGGAGUCGCAUCCAAGCUAAGCUGGGAGAUGGAGCAACAGUUAGGAUACCCAACCAAGUCAGACAUCGCCCGUUGACUGGACCGUACAUAAACUUAUUGCCCUUGGAUUAACGACCAUAUACAGAUCGUACUUCUAUUGUCUACAGAAAACCGUAUAGAUGUGAUGUCCUUUUAUACAGUGUGCCACAGGACCUUUUAGUUCACUGUGGAUUGGCAUCUCAUGGUGUAUAUUAAUAUAUUUCCUUCUUUGUUUAUUAUUUUGAAUUCUCCCUGUGUAGAUCUGACUUGGAAAAAAAAAAAAAAAAAACAGAGCUCGUCAAUUUGAUGAGUAUUAGUAAUUUUCUUUUCUUUUGUCGGUGACUUUUAUAAUUUGUAUAUUUACAUUACUUUAAUUUUGUGAAUUGCCGAAAAUUCCACAAUGUGGAAGGUUGUUAA